GUCCUAAACGCAGCGCAGUGUAUUUUAACGUUGAACCGUCUCCAGUGUGCUGCAUUCAGGGCUCCGUGGCUGUCAGACUCUCCGUCUUCUCUUUUCUUCUGUGUCUGUAGCAGGUUCCCGGUGUAUCGCUGUGAUGGACCGCUGGAAGGGCAGAGUGGCUCUGGUGACCGGAGCCUCGGUGGGGAUCGGGGCGGCCGUAGCCAAAGAGCUGGUCCGCUGCGGGAUGAAGGUGGUGGGCUGUGCCAGGAACGUGGACCAAAUCCAGGAACUGGCAGAGGAGUGUAAAAGUGCAGGCUACAGUGGUGUUUUGGUGCCUAUCAAGUGUGAUUUAACCAAAGAGGAGGAGAUUCUGUCCAUGUUUGCAACCAUCAAAGAGCAGCACAAUGGCGUGGAUGUUUGCAUCAAUAAUGCUGGAUUGGCUCAUCCAGAGCCGCUGUUAGCUGGCAAAACCAGCGGCUGGAGGAACAUGCUGGAUGUGAAUGUUAUUGGGCUGUCCAUCUGCACACGUGAAGCGUAUCAGUCGAUGAAAGAAAGAAAUGUUGAUGACGGGCACAUCAUCAACAUAAACAGCAUGAGUGGACAUCGUGUAAUUCCCAAUGCUGAUGUACAUUUCUACAGCGCCACCAAGUACGCAGUGACCGCCCUGACUGAGGGUCUGAGGCAGGAGCUGCGUGAGGCCAAGAGCCACAUCCGGGCCACAUGUAUUUCUCCUGGUGUUGUUGCAACAGAAUUUGCUCCACGACUCUACAGCCAUGAUCCAGACAGAGCCGCUGCUUCAUAUACUCGAUUUACGCCUCUGGAAGCAAUAGAUCUUGCAAAUGCUGUUAUUUACGUUCUGAGUGCUCCUCCACAUGUGCAGAUUGGAGACAUUCAGAUGCGUCCUGUGGAGCAGGUGUCAUAGAGUUUCACUGCCUGAAGGUUGAAUUGCUGUUUUGACAAAUGCUUCAUGUGAUUUGCCACAUUUCUGAAAGUGAUAACUUUAUGUAAUCAUGAAAUAACUUUGGUUAUGAAGCUUGUGGUGUAAUUUUACUCUUAUCAACACAAUAAAAUAACCGACAGGAACAUAAAA